UACAACCAUUACAUUGGAACAUACUCUAUAUCUACCAAAUAUGCCUUCGCGAAAUUCACAACUUAAUGAAUCGCAUCAGAAUUCACAACCUAAUGAAUCGCAUCAGCAUUCACAACUUAAUGAAUCGCAUCAGAAUUUAACAUUAAAACCGGAUUUUCAACAAAGUACCCAGAAGAAAUCCACCGUCAUUUUAUCUCAAGACAAUGGCAAUAUAUUUCUAGAAAGGCUCCCGAGCAAACAUAAUAAUAACAUAUAUCAGAUAAAUCAAACCCCACAAUAUGAUUUUAAUAAUCAUAAUAUAUUCUUAAGGCCAUCUUUGACAAAAAUUCCACAAAACAAUAACAAUAAUAAUAACAAUAUAUUCCUACGGCCAAAUCAGUCUUCUAGGCCUCAGCCAAAUCAGUCUUCUAGGCCUCAGCCAAAUCAGUCUUCUAGGCCUCAGCCAAAUCAGUCUCCAGCCAAACCAGUUCCACACUACAACAACAACAACAACAACAACAACAACAAUAACAAUAACAACAACAAUAAUAAUGAUAAUAAAAUCACUAAUAUAAAUAAUAACAAUGAAUGCGGCAUCAGCAGCCGCUCUGUAAGUGCAAAUCUUUUGAUUGCUAAUGGAAAACAAACCUUGCCUGGCGAAUGGCCAUGGCUAGUGGCACUUUUCGUCCUUACCAGCCAUUAUGAAUUUCAAUGUGCUGGUAGCAUUCUGACAAACAAAUAUGUCCUAACAGCGGGGCAUUGUUUGAAGAACCUUGAAAGCAAUGAGACUAUACCUCCUAAUUUAUUGACUGUGGCAUUGGGGCGAUUUAACUUGUACAGAUUUCGCGAGGUGGGAAGCGUGAAUCGGGAAGUCGCAAGUUAUAGGAUUCAUCCCGAUUAUACGCAUGACGCUAACGGUGACUCCGAUCUGGCGAUUUUAAUCCUCAGACAGCCUGUGGAAUAUAAUCAUUUCAUCAAACCUAUUUGUCUAUGGUCUGGUUCAUCCGAUCUUUACAACGUUGUCAGUAGAAUGGGAUACGUCGUGGGUUGGGGCAAAGACGAAUUCGGUAAUCCUUAUACCGAUCAUCCACGGAUGGCGAUAAUGACGAUAGUUAGUCUGGAGGCCUGUCACUGGAGUUACCCAGGUUUCGUCAAAAUCACCUCGAAUCGUACUUUUUGCGCCGGUACACAAGAUGGGAGCGGUCCUUGCAACGGUGACAGUGGGAGUGCGCUAGUACUUUUCGAUAAUACUACAGACCGUUAUCAGUUGCGUGGUGUUGUUUCACGGUCAGUGUUUACUCAUGAACCAGUAUGUGAUCUUACGAAAUAUACCGUCUUUGUCGACGUGGCUAAAUACCUAUCUUGGAUUCAACAGCAGAUAUCAACCACGUAACAAUAAUUUCUUAUUUCAAAAUAGCAGAAUAUAUGCUAGUAGAUAAUCAAAAUUAAA